AUGAGUGACAGAGUUUUAUUGAAGGUGUAUUAUUUUGGGCAGAUUUUAUUACAAACAUCUGAGGGAGUAACAUUUGUUUGUGAAAAUCCGUUAGAUGUUGUGAUUCCUUUCACAAUCUCAUUUGAAGAGCUCAAAGGUGUGAUCUGUGAAAAGAUUCACUCUGAGAGGGCAAGAAGAGUAGCCUGCAUUCUAUAUAGAUACCCGAUACAAGUGUUUGGUGGAUUCGUCCAGUUUCAAACCAAAUAUGUAACGGACGAGGCGAGCAUGCAAGAGAUGUUUUCAAUGUAUAUUGAAAAUCGGAGUAAACUCGCGUUCAUCGAGUUGUAUGUUGAGUUCGAACAAUCUGAAGCCGACCGGAAUAUUCUACGGGAAGAUUACAAUAGCGACAGCGAGGAAGAGUUCGAAAGCAACUACGAAGUUGUUGGUCCAGAUGGAGAUGAAGAUCAAGGUGACGGACCUAUGGCUCCGGAUGUGUCAGAUGUGGCAAAUGCAUUGGCAAACGAAGUGUCGUUUGAGGAGCCAUCAUUUAUGCGAGUUUUGGAUUUAGAAGCCAUGCAUGUUCCGGAAUUUCCGGAUUAUACCAGUGCAGAAAUUCCGUUUGUCGCAGAUGGUGAAUUUGCUGUGGGGAUGGAAUUCACUUCAAGGGAAGCUGUUAUUAAGGCGAUAAAAGAGUAUACCAUACGAAGAAGCGUAGACUACCGGGUAUAUGAAUUUGAGCCGUUAACAUUUUAUGCUAAGUGUACACAGUAUGGGUCAGGGUGUGAUUGGCUUAUCCGGGUUAGCAUGAUCAGCCGGAAGUACUGUUGGGUUAUAAGGAGGUAUAAUGGCAGUCACACAUGCACCAGAGCAACAAUUUCUCAGGAUCACUCGAAGUUGGAUUCACAUACAAUUGCAGAAGCAAUAAAGCCGUUGGUUGAGGCUGACCCCUCCUUAAAGGUAAAAUCGGUUAUAGCAGAGGUGCAAUCGAAGUUCAACUACACCGAGCCGUCAGCUGUUGUUCAUUUUGAGACUAUGCCUGCAUAUCAAGGUGAUGACCUGGUGGCUGACAUUCGGGUAUUGCAUCGAGUCUUUUGGAGUUAUUACCCCUGCAUUAGAGCAUUCAGACAUUGUAAGCCAGUUGUCCAGGUGGAUGGAACACACUUAUAUGGAAAGUACAAGGGUUGUCUACUAGUGGCAGUUUCACAAGAUGGCAACAACAAUAUCGUCCCAAUUGCAUUUGCUAUUGUGGAGGGAGAGACUUCUGAUGCAUGGUACUUUUUCCUUAGUAAUCUUCGUCAGCAUGUUGUAACCCGGGAUGGUGUGGGACUGAUAUCCGACCGCCAUGAAUCCAUAAAUGCCGCUGUGGAACGGAGUAAUGGUGCUUGGUCACCUCCAAGAGCUUUCCAUAUGUUUUGCAUCAGACAUAUAGAAUCGAAUUUUCUGAGGAAAUUCAAGGCCCCGUACUUGCAGAAACUGGUCGUCAAUUUAGGAUAUUCGAGGACGGUGCGGGAGUAUGAAGUUCGCUACGAACGUUUACGAGAACGGGGCGAGGCCUACACGAACUGGUUAAAUCGAAUCCCUCGCGAACAGUACGCGUUGGCUUUUGAUGGUGGGUAUCGAUGGGGUCAUAUGACGAUGAAUCUAGUGGAAUGCAUCAACUCAGUAUUGAAGGGUGCUCGCAAUCUACCAGUCACUGCCCUUGUGAAGGCAACAUUUUACAGGCUUAACGAGUUGUUCACACGAAAGAGGGCGGAGGCGGAAGCCCGGAUUAAUGCUGGGCAUGUGUUCUCUGAAGUGGUCACCUCUAAGUUGCAUGCAAACCAACUUGCGUCAGGAAACAUACAGGUUAGUUGCUUUGACCGGCAGAAUGAGGUAUUUGAGGUGCGUGAGAUGCCCAGUGGACUUGAGUUUGCAGUCGACCUACGCGGCCUUCGAUGUGACUGUGGUGAGUUCCAGGUGGAUAGAGUUCCCUGUCGACAUGUGUUCGCAUGUUGUGCCAACCAGCGACUGGACUGGCAACUGUAUGUGCAUGACGUGUAUAAGAUGGACCAAGUUCGACGUGUUUACCGAGCAAGGUUUAGGCCAUUAGGUAAUCCGACUACAUGGCCUGCUUACAAUGGACCUCGGUUCAUACCAAAUCCAUUCCUGAGACGAGUUACAAAAGGCCGACCCAGAAUGACGCGCUUCUUGAAUGAGAUGGACACGCGCAUGUUACGUCGGCCUAGGCGAUGUACGCUUUGUGGAGCUGAGGGACACAGCCGUAGCAGAUGCCGUCGGUCCGGUGGUGCGAAUGCCGGCGGAGCUACUCAGUAG